AUGAAUUUAAGUGGUGAGGCACUAAGGUACUAUAUCCAAAAAGAAAAUAUAAAUAUUCAAAAUGUUGUUGUUAUUGUGGAUGAUUUAAAUAUUCCCUUUGGAAAGAUUAAACUAAGGACUUCUGGUAGUCAUGGAGGACAUAAUGGAUUAAAAAAUAUUGAAGAAUGUUUAUCCAGUAAAGAAUAUCCAAGAUUGAGAUGUGGCAUUGGGAAUAAUUCAAAAAAGGCCAACAAGUAA